UUGAACCAUUUGAACCAUUUGAAACCGUUUUGUUGGGUAUUGGACCCAAGGUCGUUGAGGUGAGUUUGAUCACCUGUUUCACAGCAUCUCGUAGAGUAAAUCCAAGUUGCUAAGACGUUUCGGCUCUUAGAAAUAUAUUAUAAGAAUUUUUUUAUUGAACGUCAGUUACAUUCUCCUCAAUGUCGUCGGUAUUGGAACAGCUGAUGGAGAUGGGCUUCACACAAGCUAAAGCGGAAAAAGCUUUAAAGUUUUCUGGCAAUAAAGGUUUAGAGGAGGCCAUGGAGUGGAUUGUAGAUAAUGAUAGUGGUGAUGAGGAAAAAGGGAUUAACGGGACCAGGGAAGCUGAGACGACAGACUUACCAUUAUCUUACAAAUGUGAUGAUUGCGAUAAGUGUCUCAGAAAUGAAGAUGAAGUUCAGGUGCAUAGUGCUCGUACAGGACACGUUAAUUAUUCACAGUGCUCAGAUGCAGUCUCAUCACUGACAGAAGAUGAACGUAGGGAACAAAUGGAAAAACUCCAGGAACUCCUACGGGCCAAGAAAAGUGAAAGAGAAGAGCAAGAGAAACAGGAAGAGAUUGAGCGUGAAAAGAAAAGACGUCAACAAUGCAAGACACUAAGUUCAGCUAAAGCGAAAUUUGAAGAAGAUGAAAUACGUCGUUUAGUCGAACAAAAAAAGCGUGAAAAAGAGGAGGACCGAGCUUACUUGGCGAAAUUGAAGGCUGAAAUCGCUCAAGAACAAGAAGAAAAGCGUGCACGUAAAGCUGGUGAAUUACUAGCGACAACUCCAUCAAAUUCAACCUCUUUACCGACUACGGUGCCGAAAACAGAUCCAACAAUUUGCCGUCUACACAUUCGUUUUCCAUCUGGUCAAUCAAUUAGAGGGGAAUUCGGUGUCAAUGAACCCUUAAGUGCAGUUGCAUUAUAUGUUAGUCAAAAUUGGCCUAAUUCUUCAACUUUUAUUGACCCACAAUCUAUUCGGUUGAUGACUAGUUUUCCUAAACAAGAAUUUACUACUGAAGAUAUAAAUAAAUCUCUUCUGGAUUUAGGCUUGUGUCCAUCUGCGGUUAUAAUGGUUCGACAAAUACCCCAAUAAAUACAAUUUCAUAUAUAUAUAUAUAUAUAUAUA